UAUAAUUACUUAAAAAAAUAUGAAUUUCCUAUUUGUAUUACUAGUAAUUAUUAUUUUUAAUUAUAUUGAAUGUGAAGACAAAUGUCCGGCCGAUUGGGACACAUAUGACGAUCAGCGAAAAUGUUUGAAAAUAGUCGACGACUCACUACAAACCUAUACCAACUCAAUGGCUACCUGUGCUAAGUUGGCACCGAAUGCAACCCUAUUGACAAUACAUUCAGCCGGGGAACAGGACUUUAUGAAUCAAUAUCUAUAUGUCGACAACAAAUUAGUCGAUACUAUAUGGUUGGGUGGUGUAGUACAGGGUAACAACAAUUUGACCUGGCUAGAUAAUAGCCCAGUUAGCUAUACUAAUUGGUUCCAGGGUCGUCCACAACAACAACAACAACCACACCAGUCGACAAUUAAUUGUGUUGAACAACAAUCCGAGCCGACUACCCUGGGUAAAUGGUAUGAUAUCUAUUGUAAUAAACGUAACCAGGUAGUUUGUCAAUUGAUGCUACCAAAAUUAGCACCACCAAUUGAUGAUGAUACCGAUAAUGCUAAAUUAUUAAAAAUGAUCCAGGCAAUACAAUUAUAUACUGAGAAACUACAACAACAACUACUUGGUCUUGAAACUAAUUACCAAAAUAUUAACAAACAGUUAGCUGUGGUAGGGGUAGUAACUGCCGUUCCCGUGGGAUUUAUCUAUGUACAGUUACCUGGACAACAAUUGCCCAGUCAAUUAUGGCCCGCCGAAUCGGUUAAAUGGCAGGAAAUUACCGCCGAUUAUGAGGGAUUGUUUUUUCGGGUACUGGGCGCUGGUUCGGCACCGUUUGGUCAGCUACAGUCGGCUAACUCGUCCGGUCAAUUGUCAACAAUCCGAUCGAGGUCAUGCUAUACGGGUAACCAUGGUAGCGAAUGCGAUGACUUUAUAACGGAAAUCCCGGAAUCGGGUUGGAGUCCGGAAUUUAUACGAAAAGAUUUCUCGAAUGAUAUGUAUUUCUAUAUGACUUCCGGUGAGAAUCGGCCCCGAAAUACAGCCAUCCGUAUAUUCAAACGUAUUUAA